AUGAUCGAUACAACACAGCUUCUGAUCCUCGGGGCCGUCGUGGCGCUGGGAUACUUCAUGUUCAAUGGCUCGCGGCAUGAUCCUCGCGAACCACCGUUCGUGACCAGCGGGAUCCCGAUCCUGGGACAUAUGUUCGGCAUGUUGUGGCAUGGAGUCGGACACUGGGGUAAUCAGGCCAAGAAGCACCCUGAGCAACCCAUCAUAAGCCUGGAUAUGCUCUUCACCAAGUUUUAUGUUAUCACUUCGCCAGAUUUGAUGCAGGCAGUGCAGCGCAAUUCCAAGACCCUCAGCUUUGAGCCACUGCUGUUAUUCAGUGCUAAAAACAUCUCCGGCAUCUCGAACCCAAAGACUCUGGAUCUCCUCAAGGAGACAGACGCUGGUGGCCAGGGCCUUGGCCCCAAGAUUAUGCAUGCCAUGACCCCGACACUCGUUGGAAAGCCUUUGGAUCUGAUGAAUAUCCAUAUGAUCCGAUUGAUUCAGCCCUUCAUUGAGAAGUUGGGCGAUUCAUCCACUUUCGACUUGUACGAGUGGUGUAAAGAUGCCACCACGGCCGCAAGUACGGAAGCUACAUACGGCCCCAUGAACCCUUACAAAGACAAGGCAGUCCAAGAUGCGUGGUGGGAUUUUGAAACUGGCCUCGGCGCACUCAUAGCCAACACGCUACCGUGGUUAACAGCACGAAAGCCGUGGAAAGGUCGCCAGAAGGUUGCCGAUGCCAUUCUGAAGUACUCACAAGAAGGUGGCCAAAAGGAGGGAUCUAAGCUCACAGCUGUGCGGUUACAGUUUGCCAUGGAAGGUGGGCUCACACUCGAGGAGUACUCGCAGCUUGAAGUCGGUAUGCUGAUUGCAUUCGUAUCGAACACCGUCCCUGCCAUGUUCUGGUGCCUCUUCGACCUGUACUACCGACCAGAGCUUCUCGACGAGUUAAGAAAGGAAAUUGAGGCGAAUGCUAUUUCGGUGACUGUCGAUGGCAUGCACAGCAUUGACUUGACUGCCAUUCGGGAGCACUGCCCUCUCUUGCUUUCCACAUUCCAGGAGAUUCUUCGCACCCGCUCGAAUUCCUCCCCCACACGUGUCGUUACUAAAGACACUCUUCUUGCGGAUAAGUACCUCCUCAAGGCCGGCAAUACAGUCAGCAUGCCGUCGAUUCCAAUGGCACAGCGCAAAGAGGUCUGGGGUGAUACCUCCAAGGCUUUCGAUGAGCGUCGGUUUAUGAACUCUGGCGAGAAGGAUUAUUCUCGGCGGGCGGGCGGAUUUCUGACAUUUGGUCUUUCACCAACCAUUUGCCCUGGCAGGCACUUUGCUAGCUCUGAAAUAUUGCUUUUGGUGGCCAUGGUUAUUCUUCGGUACGAUAUCGUGCCCGUUGGCGGAGUCUGGAAGGAGCCGACCAAGGAUACGACGAGUAUGGUCUCGAUCAUGGGUCCUGUCAAGGGCAAGUUCCCGGUCAAUGCAAGCCCCAGGAAGGAAUACGCAGGAGUUAAGUGGGGGUUCCACGUGGAAGAGGGUAAAGGACAGUUCCCACUUAUUAUAGGAUAG